AAAAACCCAAAUAAAUAUUAUUAAUUAGUAAAUGACAAGGAGUAAAUAGUAAUAAUACUAGCUAGUAUUGCCUUUAGGUUCUUUCAGUUGAGCAUUUUCCUCUUCAAGUUUCAGCCACCGCCGCCACUCAAAUUUCAAUUCUCCGACAACGGCGCGCAAUUGAGGAUGCCUGAAAACAAGCCUGUAAUUGGGCUUUCAUGGGAACCAAAGAUACCUCAAUUGUCAAUUGGGACCAAAAAGAGCUCCAAUGAGUUGCCUGGGACCAGUGCAGUAUACAAACCUAGUUCAGAGCUCAUUGACGGCUUAUUUGUUCCGCCUAAUGAUCCCAAAAAGGUGAACAAGUUAAUACGAAAACAAGUCAAGGAUUCAGCUGGCAAAAAUUGGUUCGAUAUGCCUGCCCCAACGAUUACUCCGGAGCUGAAAACGGAUCUCCAGCUAUUAAAGUUAAGGGAUGCCAUGGAUCCGAAAAGGCAUUACAAGAAGAGUGGCUCAAAGUCAAAAACAUUACCCAAGUAUUUCCAGGUUGGUACAAUAAUAGAGCCGGCAUCUGAAUACUACUCCGGUAGACUGACUAAGAAGGAGAGAAAGGCAACGCUUACCGAGGAGCUACUUUCUGAUCGUAAACUUGGGGAAUACAGGAAACGCAAAGUUCGCGAGAUUGAAGAACGUAAUCGGCCAGGUGGAGUUGACAAGUGGAAGAAUAGAGGUCCACAGUCUAGGAAGCGCGCAAAGCAAAGAAGGCAUUGAACCUAGAGCAUUCAAGAGGUAUCGAUUACCCUUUCUCACUGUUUGGCUAGUCAAGGAGGAGCACGAGGUGUACCUGGCAUUCAGGGAAAACUAAUAGGGUGUGCCAUAACAAGACAGGUUUGACAGAACAUCUGCAGAACCCUGAUACCAUAAUUGCACCAACACACUACAGAUAUAGUUGUCGUCAAAUCUGAACCGCGUUGCUGGUUAUCGUCCAGGGGUUUAUACAUUUGGAUGCCAUUUAUAGACUCAAUGAGCACAGUUUGCAACUUCCUACAUGUUUAAACUAAUUUUUUGCACACACUAUUUGAUACUAAUGAAAGAUGUUAAUCGUAUGUUAAGCAGUAGAUGUGAUAUCGUCAUUCAAAA